AUGAUGGCAGAUCCCUUUGAGGUGCGCAUGCGAUUUACGGCGCAGCUGCAGCACCUCAAUGCAUCUGUUACAUCGUCACAGAAAGCGGCGCAUUAUGCGCUAAAAUACCGGGAUAUGGAUGAGGAUUUGCACUCGUGUAUUCUGGAGCAGCUUGAGAGAAAUAAUAUGAACAACCGUGCCAACAUCCUCUAUUUCAUCGAACACUUUUGCGAAAUGGCAACAAAGGAAGGCCACCUUCCCUACGUACGCAUGAUCCAACGAGACAUCCUCCGCGUCGUCGAUUGCGUCGCGCCUGCUGAUGGCUCCGGGGCCGCAAAUGUUAAACAUGUCCGCCGAGUCUUGAACGGCCUCCAGAGCAAAGAAAUCCUCUCUGCCGCGACGAUAGCGGAGAUCGAUGCCGGUCUAAAAGACCGAGAAACGCACCCCGCGCACCUCGAUUUAGAAGCUGAGGAUGAGGAGGAGGCGUGUGUGAAGUCCAAGACUGGGACACCGAGGGGCGCCAGAGUCAAUGGAAUACGCGUGGACAAGAGGCAGAUUGAGCAGCGGAUUGAGGAGGAUCGUGAGAGAAACAAGCGGCUACGAGAGAGUAUGUGGGCUGUCAGAGGCGAUGAUAAUGAGGAGCAUAGAAGGUUCUGGGACGAAACUAGCGAUAUUUGCGAGGACGACUUUACUGCGGCGAGCGAGGAGGUCAUGGAGCGUAACCAGAUGGUUGGGGUUAUUUAG